AUCCAGAUUUCUUCUUCGCUCGAUCUCAGCUUUAUUUGCUCCAAAAAGGCAAUUCAAGGCGAUUUCUUGGCAAAAUCUUGCGAAAUCUUGAUCAUUUCUUCAUAAAUCGUAACACAGAGUAAGUCUUUGCUUAGUUAUGUACGGUUUAACGUUAGUUAAAAGUAUUUUGUAAGAAAAUGCACGUUUAAAUUAAACUUUUUUGAUGCUCAAGUACGCCAAUAUGGCGUCCCCCUCGGAAGUAUGAAUUUGGGUCUCGAUUUGGGUAUGAAAAUCUUUCCUUAGGCUCGCUAGAAUUUAACAAGGUUUUCUUUUGAUAAUUAGGAAGAUUUUUGAAACGAUUUGCUUGUUUUAUUUGUUGAAAUUGUAUUUAUAUUAACAAACAAGCAUAUGCAGAAUAUUUGUAUAUAUUUAAAACCAGCUACUGUUUAGUAUUGUAUCAAAUUUUAAAAAAUUUAUACUUUUAAUAAUGUACCCGAAUAAUGACUGAAACUUGAGUGAAAUGUAAGCUCAAAACAUGGUUGUUCAGCAUGAAAACACACCAUCUAGUGAUUGACUAAUUGUGCAAUAAUCAAAUUACCAUGAUUAUUCAUGCCACAAUCUCCAGUUACCGAUGCUGACACCUAUUUUAUAAUGACAUCAUAAUAUCAGUCGACCAAGUGAAGGUGAUAUCAUUCAUGUUGAUUUUUUAACGAUAAUUUCUAACGUAAAAUGUUACUGCAACCAAAGAUUGUUAAAACCAUUAAUAAAUGCUUCACGCAUUAAUUUAACAUAUUGCAUUAAAAUGCAACAUGUAUUAACAUACGUAUAAUGUUUAAAAUGUGUAUUUUCUCAACAAUCGGUUUUAGAAAAUUGGAAAUAUAUAUAAUUCUACCGAUUGGCUACCAACAAGGCAAAAAUCGGGCCGAUACCGAUUAUCGUUCAAUCACUAUCAGGCUAACACCAUCAAAUACUUGUAUUACUUGAUUUGGUAAAGUAUGUAACUUGUAUUCAUCAUUAGAAUGUAUGUUUUAGGGUUUAAUACAGUGUCAUAUACAGUCCGCAACAAUGACAGACUCGAAGUAUUUUACGACAACCAAGAAAGGUAUUCUAUAUUUGUAUUAUAAUAUUGUGUAUUUACAGAGAGAUGUGCACCUGGUUCUAAAAUUACUGAGUAAUUUUUUCGUUCAAAUUCUAUGAUCCAUCUUGAGAUAAAAUCUUGCUUUAUACUUUUCUUAACCCAUUGAGUGGAAGCACUUUCCCCUUGACGAGUAAAAUUGUCUGGUGUUAGACAGAGUUUUUGUGAUUGCAGGUGAAAUAUUUGAACUAAAGGCGGAACUGAACAGUGAGAAAAAGGAUAGAAAAAAGGAAGCAGUUAAGAAAGUGAUUGCCAGUAUGACUGUUGGAAAAGAUGUUAGGUAAUAUAUAGAUGGACUUAUUGUGUUCUAAUGAGUUGAAGACUAAUUAGAAAAUUGUUUUUAGUUCGUUAUUUCCAGAUGUCGUCAACUGUAUGCAGACUGACAACUUGGAGUUGAAGAAGUUGGUGUAUCUUUAUCUCAUGAAUUACGCUAAAUCUCAACCUGACAUGGCUAUCAUGGCUGUCAAUACUUUUGUCAAGGUGAACAUCCAUGUUGAUUGGCUUGCUGGCUGACUAAAGCCCUGUGCAAAUGAGCAAGUUUUGCCUCACAAGUUUCCUUGAUAAGUUGACUUUCUUGUGUGUAUGGUUGACAAGUUUUUGUUGCCUUGUGUUUGCCAAAACCAUAGAAAUAUUUCUUGUACACUUGUCAAGUUUUCCUUGGCGGCCGUACACACGAAAACUUUUCCUUGUCCAAAAGCUGACACAACUAGCUUUGAAACAAGGCUGCUUGGCUUGGAAAAUGUUUUUGCCAUCACACGAGCAAAUAAAACUUGUCGAGGAAAAUGUGCUCACCUGUACAGGGCUUAAAUGAUAAAAUGAUUGAUGUUUCAGGACUGUGAUGACCCAAAUCCCCUGAUCCGAGCACUGGCUGUGCGUACAAUGGGUUGUAUCCGUGUGGACAAGAUCACAGAGUAUCUGUGCGAGCCGCUGAGGAAAUGUUUGAAAGACGAAGAUCCUUAUGUGAGGAAAACUGCAGCAGUUUGUGUCGCAAAACUUCAUGACAUUAAUGCUCAGCUUGUGGAAGAUCAAGGAUUUCUUGAUCAGUUGAAAGAUCUCCUCUCUGAUUCAAACCCUAUGGUAAUGUUGUCACUACAUUCUCGUAUUCUCAUAAAAUCUUAGAUUUGCAAGAACUUUGUCCCAUAAUACAUCAGAGGCUGUUGUUCAAAUGCCAGUUAGUUUAAUCCCAGGUUAAACAAUUAAUCUUCUCCUACAGCUUGUUCAUAAACAUGGAAAUAGUUUUCUAGAAAUUUUGUCUGGAUCAGUAGAAGUUUUAUUUUUGAAAGUUUUGAAAUAAACAGACGUGCAGGUCUACCCAAACCAAAAGGGCAGGUUAAUUUUAACCCAGGGUUAACACUAAUCCAGCUUUGAACAACCAGCCCUGAGGUUUAUUAUUUUGUACCAAUUUCAAUGUACUGUAAUAGAUGACCUUGGGUGUGUGAUAUUACAUCUUAAAUGGACCUUUUAAUCAUUGAGUGCCAGAACUUUCUUCUUGACAAGUAAAAUUGUCUGGUGUUAGACAGAGUAAAGUAUAAGGCAGGGUGCAGUUGGGCACAUUGCAAAUUAACCUAUUGAGUGGCAGCGCUCUCCACUUGACACAAGUAAAAUCGUCUGGCAUUAGACAGAGUAAAAUACUAAAGUAGGGUGCAUCAUGGCGCAUUGCCACUUAAAGGGUUAAAGAGGAAUUGAACACGAAAGUUUAUGAAGGUUUAGUACAGUACUAUGAUAUCAAGACAAUGUCACAAUACUUGCGUCCUUUCAGUUUUAUUUAUGGAUAAUUGAAUUUCAGAAAUAUAAAUAAUGUGUACAGUACAGUACAACAAUUAAUCUUUUAUACCCAAAUUAACAUAAUAUUUAUGUAGGUGGUAGCGAAUGCAGUAGCUGCGUUGAGUGAGAUCAGUGAUGUGUCGUCAUCAGCGGCUGAAGCGUUGGAACUGAAUUCACAGACAGUGAACAAGUUGUGUACAGCAUUGAAUGAAUGUACAGAGUAUGUUAUAACUUUGUCUACUUUAAAUUAAUGUUCUAUAAUGCCUGGUUGGUUGCAUUUUAGUGAUAGUAUAUAUGUGUGAAGCAUUGAAUAUAUGUACAGAGUAUGUUAUAACUUUGUCUACUUUAAAUGAAUGUUCUGUAAUGCCUGCAGUAGUUGGUUGCAUUUCAAUGACUGUAUGUGUACAGCAUUGAAUGAAUGUACAGAGUAUGUUAUAACUUUGUCUACUUUAAAUUAAUGUUCUAUAAUGCCUGGUUGGUUGCAUUUCAACGACAGUAUAUAUGUGUGAAGCAUUGAAUGAAUGUACAGAGUAUGUUAUACUUUGUCUACUUUAAAUGAAUGUUCUGUAAUGCCUGGUUGGUUGCAUUUCAAUGACAGUCAUGCAGCAGAUGGUGGUCAACCUGCACUUUUCAGACUGAGGAAAUAAUGUUCUUAAAAGUAGCCUUGUAUUUGGUGACAAAUACUGUAAAUAAAAUUGAGAGAUGUAGCUUAGUUUUUUCCUACAUGUAUCAUCUGCUGUAACACUUUCUGAAAGCCAUCAAAUAAGCAAAUUACUGAAGUUUUGCUAUAAUUCUCAUUUUCUGCUAUUUAUUUGCAGAUGGGGUCAGAUCUUUAUUCUUGAUUGCUUAGCAACAUACAACCCUCGUGAUGACAAGGAAGCGCAAAGGUGUGUUUUUAGUGAAUAUUUUGCACAGUCACAUAUGAAUACUAAUGUUUGCAUAAUUUUGAUAUUCUUGUAGUGUAUGUGAAAGAGUGACGCCAAGAUUGUCUCAUGCUAAUGCUGCUGUUGUUCUCUCAGCUGUGAAGGUAUGCAUAGUUGAAAAUUCUCACUUGUCUACAUGCAUCAAGAAAUAUUGAACUAUACUAACUAAAACAAGGUUUUUUUAUGGCCACAAAAUGGCCCCAAAUCUCAAUGUUGAAUUGAGUUUUGAAACUCAAUCUUCUCACUAAAAGUUCCAGUGCAGUAAAAAUGAAAUUGUUUGAGUUAAAUUUGUGUUGUAUCACUUGUAUGGAAAUUUGUUUUCAGGUGGAAACCCCACAAUUAAGAAAAAAUGGCUGGAAUUCAUUUCACAACACAACACAAGAAAAACAAUGCCAUCUUUAACACAUUGCGUCCCAACUACAUUUAUUGUGUACAGGGGGGGGGGCAGCCACCCCAGACCCCCACCUGUUCAACCCCCCCGCUAAAAUCAGUGUGUGCUGUUAGUCAUCUUGCUUCAUAGUCGUGCAUUCUUUCUAGGUUCUCAUGAAAUACAUGGAAAUCUUGGAAGGUUCUUCAUUCACGCAAAGCCUCAUCAAGAAACUUGCUCCACCUUUAGGUAUGUAUACAACAUUUUCUUCAAGUAGAUUCGAUAUUUUCUUUAAAUAUUUUCUGGCGUUAGACCAAGUAAAUAAUAAAGUAGGGUGCAUUAAUUAAAAUAUUACAAUGAAGAUAUGGGCUUUACGUAGAUUUGCCAAAUAAAUGUUGUCUUUUCUAUAGUUACAUUAUUGUCAAGUGAGGCUGAAGUGCAGUAUGUAGCUCUGAGAAAUAUCAACUUGAUUGUUCAGAAGAGGUUGGUUUGCCAGUCACCUAAAUUAAUCAAUUCCCAAGCACCAUUUCCACUCAGGAAAAUUUUCCACGGAAGGAAAAUUUUGUAAAAUGUGAUGGCCAACACAAAUUUUCUGUUGGAAAAUAAUUUUGAAGUUGAAAAUGUUCAACUUUUAACAAUGAUAUUUUGGGAAAAUAUUCUGUCUGUGGAAAUUUUUCUUGAAUGGAAAUGCACCUUAAAGUUGAGUUAUUGAGUUAUUUAUGCAUGUGUUAUGUGUAUCAGUAUCAAGACAAUAUCUUGCUUAUUUGUUUUGUGCUUUAUCAUGACUUAUUUGCCCAUUGAGCGCCUGACAUUCCUUGAUCCAUCUUUGAGCUUACAACUUUGUGUUUCGUUUCUGUCUUUUAGACCAGAAAUUCUGAGAAAUGAGAUGAAAGUGUUUUUCGUGAAAUACAAUGAUCCCAUUUAUGUGAAACUGGAAAAGUUGGACAUUAUGAUCCGUCUGGCAAAUCAACAAAACAUUGCACAAGUUUUGGCUGAACUCAAGGAGUAAGGAAGACAACAUACAUUUAUCAAAUUUUGAUAGAAAAGACUAAUUUACCUCAUACAGUUAGCCAGUGGCUAUAAAAUUAUGUAUUUCCAAUGGCAAGGUGUGAAUUAAGAAUUUUUUCUACCCCACAGUUAUUUUCAAAAAUUGUAGGCUAUGCUUGAUUUAACCUACAAAUUUCAAUUUUGACCUACAAAUUUCUUGAAUAUUCCUUUGUAUAAUGUUUUGCAACUGUUGAAAGAUAUUUUGACUGGUUAGCUGUAAAAUAUGACUGGUUAGCUGUAGAUCUGAUCUAGUUUUGACUGGUUAGCUGUAGAUCUGAUCAGCUGUUCGACAAGGGAUUCCCAGGGCUUAAAAAUGAAUGAAAAGUUGAUCUACAAAUUGUUCAGAAGAAUUGUUCACUAAUUUUUUGUCCUAUAAUUUGCUUUUUGCAUGAGGAUUUGUCAUUUGUGGGCCAUUCAUUCACUCCCUGAGUAAUCAUUGUGAAGAAUUAAGAUAAAUUUUGUUUUCAGAUAUGCAACUGAAGUGGAUGUUGAUUUUGUGAGAAAAUCUGUGAGAGCCAUAGGACGUUGUGCUAUCAAAGUAGAGGUAGAAUACUUUUAACUGUAUGUAACAGGAUGUCCUGGUAUGUGAUACUUGGAAGGUAACUGUGUUGAAUGUGUUAUCUAGCAAUCAGCUGAGAAGUGUGUGAGUACAUUGUUGGAUCUUAUUCAGACCAAAGUCAACUAUGUCGUACAGGAAGCCAUUGUUGUCAUCAAGGUAUACAACUUUUGUUCUUGCCAAACUAUCUUGGUACAGUACAUUUAUUUUUCUUGAUAUUAAUUCUUUUUUUGAUAUUAAACCUUUCAGGAUAUUUUCCGUAAAUAUCCCAACAAGUAUGAAAGUAUCAUUUCCACGUUGUGUGAAAACCUGGACUCCUUGGAUGAGUCUGAAGCAAGGUGUGAAAUUAAUAACUUCACUUUAGCUGUGUUCCGUGAAUACCGUGAUCAGACCAUAGAUAUCUUAUAAAUUGUUUAGUAAAACUGAAGUUACCCCAUUUGAAUAGAUGGCAGCCAUGUUGGUAGUUCCCACUCGCUAAUAAACGCUUAAAAAACAACAAUAACUUUCAUCAUUUGAAUAGUUUAAAAAUGUAUUUGGAAUAGGUUUAACUUAAUGUUUUUAAGUUCACUGUUUAAAAAAUAGAAAACAUACGAAUCUUCUCAUUUCAUGGGAAUAUCCUGAGUCUGCAAUCACGGCUUCAAUUUUUGAAUUGCAGAAUAAUUAGAUGCACUAUCUAGUGUAUAUAAGAUAUCUAUGGAUCAGACGUGGUUGUAUGAUCAUGGCAGCCAGAAGUGUCUUAGUAAGACUCAGUGACGCUUGAGCUUUCUCCGUUGCAAUUCAGCAGCUAGGAAAGAUCACGCUCAAUUUUACUGUUGGGAAGCAUAAUUCAGGUUUUUCAUUUGCUUUGGAAGCUACAAUAAAUGACAGGCAAAUCAUUCCUGAAAUUUGAAGUAGUUUCCUAAAUUGAAGAUUGUCUACCAGACAAAUGUCCAACGUAACAUGUGCUGGCCAUUUCACUGUAGACAUACAUAUCCUAAAUAACGUAUCAGUCAUUAUAAAAUAUCAUCAUGAAAUUAUAUAUUCAAUCAAAGUAUUAAACACAGUGCACGUUUGUUUAGAGCGUCAAUGAUUUGGAUCAUUGGAGAGUAUGCGGAGAGAAUUGAUAAUGCUGCCGAACUUCUUGAGUCGUUCCUUGAAGGCUUUCAAGAUGAAAAUACACAGGUACAUUAUCCUCCAAUCAGGCAGUUAGGGUAAGAUCUUUUUGGAUUGAAACAUUGAAUCGAAGUUGUUCGUUUAUUUUGUUAGGUUCAAUUACAACUGUUGACUGGCAUUGUGAAGUUGUUUCUCAAACGCCCAUCAGAAACCCAGGAGUUGGUUCAACAAGUUCUUAGUCUCGCUACUCAAGAUAGUGAUAACCCAGAUCUCCGAGAUAGAGGUUAUAUCUACUGGAGAUUGCUUUCUACUGAUCCUGCUGCAGCCAAGGUAAAGUACUGUAAUUAUAUUGACUGUGAUUUUGUGAAGUACAGUAUAGUGUAUAUGUAAAGAUCUCCGAGAUAGAGGUUAUAUCUACUACUGAUGUGUGUGUGUAUGUGUGCUACUUAUCCUGCUGCAGCCAAGGGAAAGUACUGUAAUGUAUAUUGACUGUGAAGACUUAUAUAAGAAAUGGAUAUAGUCAUCAACACACACCACCCGAAAGUUUCUUGGAAACAAAUUAUGCCAUCUGACAUGGAGAAGCCUAUAGCGAAAGCCAUAUCGUUAAACUACUGCAAUGUACAAUGUAUAAGAAGCCAAUAGUUCAUCUAUAAUUUUGAACGGUCUCUGCCAGUGUAGGUAAUGUCUUAUUUUGCAUCCCUACGAACGAAAGUUUGUUAAUAGUUGAUUUAAUCCAGUCUAAUCUAUUCCGUGUUUGAUGUUGUAGGAAGUGGUGUUGGCAGAGAAACCUCUGAUCUCUGAAGACACAGACUUACUGGAGCCCACUCUGUUGGAUGAACUCAUCUGUCAUAUCUCCUCCUUGGCUUCAGUUUAUCAUAAACCCCCCAGUGCCUUUGUUGAAGGACGUACUAGCGCCCGCCGCUUCACCUUACCCGCCAGAGCUGAGCCCACCCCUCCCAGUGCCCAGACCGAGGCCAGUCCGCCUGUAGCUCAACAGGCCACUGUCAUUCCUUCACAUCCACCACAAGGAGAUUCAUUGAUUGGUGACUUGAUUGGCAUGGACUUUGGUGGCGGUAUGCCUGCACAGCCCGCAGCUCCUAUGCCGCCUGCAGCUAUGAGUAAGUGACGUAAUGUAGAUCAUACUUGAGCAAGCUGUAUAUUACGAUAUAUAGUAAGUGACGUAAUGUAGAUCAUACUUGAGCAAGCUGUAUAUUACGAUAUAUAGUAAGUGACGUAAUGUAGAUCAUACUUGAGCAAGCUGUAUAUUACGAUAUAUAGUAAGUGAUGUAAUGUAGAUCAUACUUGAGCAAGCUGUAUAUUACGAUAUAUAGUAAGUGAUGUAAUGUAGAUCAUACUUGAGCAAGCUGUACAUUACAAUAUAUACAGUAGCAAGCUGUACAUUACGAUAUAUACAGUAGUAAGCUGGACAGGAGAUGGUAGCAUAGAUGGUAGUCAACUUGCGGAAGCAAAUCUCUCAGCUCCACAUACAAGACUACUGCAUACAUGCAAAAACACGCUAACACGCUUGCUCCUAUUUCUUGAGCAAUUUAAAUCGUCCCACGAGCCUCUUAUUUUUGUUUUCCUAAACAUAGGUAACAGUCACAGCGGAGUUGAUCUUUUAGGAGCUGACCUAGGAGGGCUGCAGGUAUGGCUUCUUUAUUAAUACAGUAUUUACUAAUCUUGUAUUAUUAGUUCAAGCAUUACAACUUACAAGACUUGUAAGUUGUAAUGCUUGAACUAAUCAUGUUCAUUACUUCAGCUUGGUGGUGCGGUAUCUGGAGGUCCUAUGACAGCUCCCCCCAGUGCUGGUGGUGGUGGUGUAGUGUCGUCUGGUGGUCUUGGUGUAGUGUCGUCUGGUGGUCUUGGUGAUUUAUUCAGUCUGUCUGGUGGUGCUGGACUCACUGCUGGCUAUGUUUGGCCUAAAACAGUAAGUGAGAAAGCACCAUAACAUUCAUGAACAGUUCUUUGGGUAUUUUUAGCUUUUGCUUUAAUCCUAUUUUUCUGUUGUUUUGAAGAUUUGGUUGCCAGCUGCCAAAGGCAAAGGUCUUGAAAUCUCUGGUAAGAUGUAAUGAAUGUAUCUGUCCAUAGACAAUCCAGAAGACAUGUCUUCUGGAUUGUCUAUGAUCUGUCAUGGUCACUUUGCCAGUUUGUUUGUAAUCUCUGCUAAUAUGUAAUGUGUCACCUCCCCAGUUUGUUUGAGCGCACAUGAAAUGAUAGUUUGCACAUUGAGCCUGACAGGACGCGGGCUGUCAUUGAUAUAUCAAAUGUAUUUUGUGAUUGUAGGAACAUUCUCACGCCGUCAAGGUCAGAUCUUUAUGGAAUGUUCAAUCACCAAUCGAGCAAUGCAAGCUAUGGGAGGUUUUGCUGUACAGUUUAAUAAAAACAGGUACUGGAAAAGUUGCGGAUGAGAUACAACUACAUGAACAAUACAAGAGGAAUUUUGACGUUUUGAGUGAAGGCGUCGGGAAGUUCGUCUUUCUUAUUAUUGGCAUUACCUAAACAGGCCGUUCAAAAUUAUAUCACAGCACAGCAAGACUAUGAUUCCCCACAAUAUGCAGUUUCAAUUCUGUUGAAAUAUUUCCAGUCUGACUCUACCCAUAGUACUUAGGUUUGGUAAGACUGGAUCAAUAAGAGAUGAGCCGGAUCUCUGCAUCGCCUACUGACCAAACUAUCCAGUGUAGUUAAAGUUAGUUCACUAUUUUGUUUUAGUUUUGGUCUCGUACCUGGAGCGCAGUACACUGCCCAGUCUAGUUAAAGUUAGUUCACUAUUUUGUUUUAGUUUUGGUCUCGUACCUGGAGCGCAGUUACACGUGCCCAGUCCUCUACCCGCAAACCAAUCCUCGGAAACAUCGUUGUUGCUCAACACAAGUAAGAGAAUAUCUUCUACUGCGAGAGAACAUCUUCUUUUGUGAGAAAAUACCUUCUACUGCGAGAGAAUAUCUUCUUUUGUGAGAGAAUAUCUUUUACUGUAGUUAGAGAAUAUCUUUUUUGUUGUGAGAGAAUAUAACUCCAAGUACAAGACUACUUACUACCUGUAAUGAAAAGGAUUAACAUUAUUUUCUCACUACUGUAUUUGGUGCAUGUUAGUGCAGUUUCAUUUGAGUGCAGUGGGCGCCUUGCACUACACCCAACAUAACGAUAGUGCCAUUCAGUAACGAUUCAUUGAACGGAAUGCGCUGUUACCUUGUCAUCAUUUUCAAAAUUCUGUUCUUCAUAGUCGCUCGAUUUAUUUGAACAUUUAUGCAAAGGCCAAAAGCGAGGACAGUCGAGGGGUUUUACAAGCGUUUUCUUCCCGCUCAUUUCUGUCUUUUUUAGCUGGUCCAAUUCAACGAAUGGAUCCUUUGACGAACCUGCAAGUUGCGAUCAAGAACAAUAUCGACGUGUUUUACUUCAGUUGCGUUGUACCAAUGCAUGUCCUCUUUAUUGAAGCUGGACAAAUGGGUAGGUCGCCUUAAUCAAAGAUAUGUCUUACGCCCGUAAAUAAAAUUGUCUUUUGUUAUAUUUGUACAAUGCUGCGUGUAGUUAUUGACUGCAAAACACGAGAUGUGCUGGUACCAAAGAGCCUCGCUUUCAUGUGUGCGAGAUUAGUUCAUCACGAAAACGAGGCUCUAUAGCCAAAGUGACAUACUUUCGAGAAGUGUCUAUGAACUUCGUUCACGCUACGUGUUACGCGCUACUGUACUAUGAAAGAUUUUUCGUCUUAACUAUGUUGACAAACAUGAUCUAUGUUGGAUGAAUGUUGUGUUUCUAAACGUUGUUUUGGUCAUUAAUUUUGUCAUGUUUACGAAUCGCGAUGUAUUAAGUCAGUUCUUGUUCAAAUUUCCAGAUCGUAAAGUGUUCUUAGCAAUGUGGAAAGAUAUCCCUGCGUCAAACGAAGUUCAGAAACAGUUUCAUUGUAAUGUUGGUUCAGGUAAAGUAUUUCUUUGUAAUGUUAGCAAACUACAGUACAGUUCACAGCUUCCAAAUUUUUCAGUCCGGCGUGGAGCCGCUCAGAGUGGUGUCAUCUGAAAAACGUUAUUGAUGAUGAUGUUCGUCAUUGAUCAUUCGUGUUGUUUGUUGAUCAAUGCUAAUUUGCAUGUACUGUUACUGUUCUUCAGAAAUGGCGCAACAAAAGCUUGCUGCAAACAAUGUCUUUACUGUUGCCAAACGUACAGUGGAUGGUCAGGUAUGUUCUUUAUACUUCUGUGCGUGUAACAUGGUUUCAUUCUCACUAUAAUUCUGCUUCAUUCUGCUUUGCUUGAUGUGAUUUUCAGGAUAUGUUGUAUCAGUCGCUGAAAUUCACCAACAACAUCUGGGUGUUGGCUGAGCUCAAGAUGGAUCCACACAAUCCAAAUGUUCAGGUAAAUAAAAAUGCUUUCUUCUCAUAAGGACACUAGACUCGCUGGUGUAAAGAAUAAGGACACUAGACUGUUUUCAAUAGCGCUGGUGUAAAGAAUAAGGACACUAGAAGGACACUAGACUGUUUUCAAUAGUGCUGGUGUAAAGAAUAAGGACACUAGACUGUUUUCAAUAGUGCUGGUGUAAAGCACACCAGAGCAACUGGCCCUUCUUGAUGUCACAAUAAAAUGUUUUUCUUUUGUGUAGUUGGCAUUAAAGACUCAGGCCUUGGACGUGACCAAGGGUGUACAAGAAGCUUAUGAAGCCAUUCUCUCGAAUUAGAAAACAAUCACGGUAAUUUUGGACACAAAUACAAAUUUUUCAAUUCUUCAUGUAGUAUUUCAAAUAAAACAUUUAGUAAAAUAGUGUUUUCAUAAAGUGAAAGAGGAUCUGU